AUGAGUGUCCAGGCCCCACCCACACUCGUGCAGCUGGCCAUGCAGAGGCUGAUGAGGGAGGAGGCCUUAGCUAUCUCUUCUCUGCAGUACCUGCCCAGGGCGCUCUUUCCACCACUGUUCAAGGAAGCCUUCAACCACAGACAAACUAAUGUCCUGAGGGCUAUGGUGGCAGUGUGGCCCUUCCCCUUCCUUCCUCUGGGGACCCUAAUGAAGACUCCCCACUUGGAGACCUUGCAGGCUGUGCUGGAUGGAGUAGACAUGCUGUGGAAACAGAAGCUUCUCCCCAGGAAGCGGAAGCUUCAAGUGCUGGACCUGAGGAAUGUGUACCAUGAUUUCUGGGAUGUAUGGGCUGGCACAGAGGAUGGAGACUGCUCAACAGAGACGGUGCGUGAGACACAAAGAGGAACAGGCCUUCAUAGAUACGCACUGAGGCGGCGUUUGAAGGUGCUCGCCGACCUGUGCCUCAGGUUCCAUCUGAAUGAACACCAAGCAUACUUGCUACAAUGGGCCCAGCAGAGAAGAAAUGCCAUUCGGCUGUGUUGUGUGAAGAUGCAAAUUUGGGCAUUGCCCGUGUACACCAUCAAGAAAGUCUUGAUGGUUUUCCAGCCAAACAGCAUCCAGGAGUUGGAGCUGAAUACAGGUUGGAGUCUGUCCACACUGGUGCAUUUUGCAUCUUACCUGGACCAGAUGAGAAAUCUUCAGAAACUCCUUUUAACGCGGAUCCACAAGAACACCUUCAAGGUUCUCAAUACCUCGUUGGACAUACAGAAGUGUAUCACUAAGUUCGUGUCUCAGUUCUCCAAACUCAACUCUCUCCAGUGUCUGUCCAUGAAUGGUGUCUACUUUUCUAGUGAGCACAUGAAACAGUUGUUCAGGUACCUGAAGACCCCUUUGGAGACCCUGUCCAUCACAAUGUGCAAGCUUUCACAUCUGGACUUGAAUUCCUUGUCCCAGAGUCAGAGCCUGCAUCAGCUCAAACACCUGAGCCUGAGACUCGUGAAAUUGAUUGAUUUACAUCCCAUGCCUUUCCAUGAUCUCCUACAGAGUGUUGCAGGCAGCCUGCAGACCCUGGAAUUGGAGGGCUGUUGGAUGGUGGACUCCCAGCUCAGUGCCCUCCUGCCUGCCCUGAGCCAGUGCUCCCGGCUCACCAGGGUCAAUUUCUAUGACAAUGACAUCUCCACGGCUGUUCUGAAGGACCUUCUGCAUCACACAGCCAACCUGAGCCAACUGACCCAGGAACUGUACCCUGCCCCUCUGGAGUGCUAUGAUGACAGGGGUGAUGUCCUCAUGGGACAGUUUUCUCAACUUUGUCCUGAGCUCAUGGAUACACUCAUUACUGUAAGGCAGCCCAAGAAAGUCUCCUUUGCCACCUGUGUCUGCCAUGAAUGCUGUCAGCGCUGUGUCUAUGACCUGGAGACCAGGCUUUGUCGUUGUCAGCAGUAA